AUGAGAUCGUAUCUCGAGAGUAUCCUUCUUGGAGGGCUGUUGGCUGGAACGGUGAACGCGGUAUCGGUGCAAGAAAAUUAUACAAUAUGCAACUGGGCUCGACUGAGGGCCGGCGUAGUAAGGGAUGCGCUGUACCUCGAUGGCGGUCUCUUAUGGUGGCAGACGGCCUUUGCCGAUGGGACUACACCGGUAGUGAGUAGCGAUGGGAAUGUGGCCGGGGAUAUGUUUCGCCUGAAUUUCUCACAAUCUUUCGACACCACAAAAACGAAUAUAUCUGGCUUGUUCGAGCGUAUGCCAAAAGCAGGAGGAGCCGGAAACAACAUCGCCCCCAACUAUGUGGAUGGUACGAUGUUCUCUAAUAACGACGAGCUAUAUCUCUACGGUGGUCUUCCUCCAUUGACAGACUCGUCAUCUCCUCAAAGUGCGGAAACAGUCCUCGGAUACGAAGCAUAUCAAUAUGGUCCAAAUCGAGCAAGCUGGAGCCCGGGCUUCUACCAGGGCAGUCUCCCAGACGGGGUCACAAGAUACAUCACGAAUGGUGCAGGAGUGUCCGCUCCGAGCGAGAAUCUAGGCUUCUACUUCAGUGGCAUGCGAGCGCCAGACUGGGGUCCCAUAUACUAUGAAGAUUCAUCCGCAAAUCAAACAGCGAACACUCUCAUCCAAGUCGAUAUGUCGGUCAUGAGGAGCGAGAAAUGGACAAACACUACCCUCCCCGACGAUAUCGCGCCCCGCGCGAAUGCAGAGCUAGUCUGGAUCCCAGUCUCCGAUCAAGGGGUCUUGGUUGCAAUAGGCGGUGUCACCGCACCAGAAGAAAUCUGGCCGGCGGGCUUGAAUUCAUCUCAGACGUCGACAAGUCAAGCACAGAGUCCGGGUUUUAUGGAAUCGCUGCCGGUGUACGAUAUCGCGUCUCGGAAGUGGUAUUUGCAGAACACAACCGGCGAUGCUCCUGGUCAACUGACCGAGUUCUGUUCGGUCGUAGCACCAGCCAACGACUCCUCAUCCUUCAACGUUUACAUAUAUGGUGGGUAUGAUGGGCUCAGUGCGAGUGAUGAACCUUCGGACGAUGUCUGGAUUUUGUCAAUCCCAUCGUUCACAUGGGUCAAGGCAUACAGUGGCAACAAGGCUCACGGCCGUUCAGGUCACCGCUGCGUGACGCCCUAUCCGGAUCAGAUGUUCGUCAUUGGUGGCAUCCAUCAGAAUCAGGCGGAAUGUGUUGAAGGCGGUAUCAUUCAAAUCUUCAACCUCAACAAGCUUGAAUUCCAGGAUACUUAUGAUCCAAACACAUGGUCCGAAUAUCAGGUCCCGUCCGCAGUCAUAAAAGCUAUCGGCGGAAACCCUCAGGGAGGUGCUACCCAGACGGCAACAUGGUCUGAUAGCGCUCUCGGAGGGGUCUUCUCUCGCAAAUAUGCCCAACAGAUUACUCAGUACUAUCCUUAUCCAUCGGACGGAUCGUCUCCAAGCACGUCCAGCAGCGGAAGUUCAGGCAUAUCGAAGGGCGCCAUCAUAGGCAUCAGCGUCGCUGCGGUCGUCAUCUGCCUCCUGCUAAUCAUCUUAAUUAUCCUACUUUUCCGCCGCAGGCGCAUCAUUCACAGCACCACGUCGGAGAAAUCGGCGACUUCCAGCAACUCUCGCGUAACACGCUGGCUUAACGGCGCAUCGUGCGCCCCUUCACCUCACAAGCAGGUCUCAUCCAAUUCAGGCCCCGAGGUACCACAAGUCUCCAAUCUCUCGACCGAAGAGGAGCAGACCCCGCCCUUGCGACCUCAACGUCACGAAAUGGCUGGCACGGAACGACCCAAGCCUCCGUACGAGUUGGCGACGCCGUACAAUAUUGAUGACCACCCUCGCAAUUCCGGCGUAGUCGACUCCGGUUACAACGCCAACUACGGGCACACCUACUCGAACUCCAACUCGAACUCGAAUUCAAACUCUUCCGGCGAAGAAUACCGCCCAUCGCCACUAACAAGUUUUAAUGGCAACGCCCCUGGUGGAAAUGGAAAUGGCAACGGCUCGCCUCUGCGCAACAUGCGCUACCCACCCGGCAGUGCGAGCAGAUUCACCGAGGACGUCUCGACACCCAGCCAGGAAUCAUCGACCGGCUCGAACGAGACGAUGCCUUGGCCCUUCCCUUCGACGCAGAAUACUUGGCGCCAGCAGAAUCAGAAUCAGAACCGUGGUGGCUCCGGAAGUCGUUUUGGCAUUGGAGGCCACGCCCGUGAAGGCAGCGAGACCAGCUCCGUGCAGCCCAUCAUCGAAGAGCCCGAAAGCCCACCAAGGGAACUUGACGCGGGCGAGCACCACGGGCGAGGAGAGAGGUUCUCGUACCAGCAUACGAACGAGAGUGCGAGUAGUGGAGUUGGAACGCUCCCGUCGCCGAAUGGCCAUGAUGGUACACUGCCGCGGGAUGAGGACCAACGGAGGAGUAUGUUUCAAAUGGUGAGUCCAGUCAGUCCGACCAUGGGGAGGCGGUUAUGA